AUUCACAAACGUAUGGCGGCUGCCUUUUUACGUUUUUGCGUUAUUUCAUUUUCAUAUUGUCGUAGGGACUUGUGUGUAUAAGAUAUCUAUAUUGUAAGUUGUUUGGAUUGGUAACGUGGAAGUUAGUGUGAUCAUCGUGGACAGGUUUUGGCCUUUCUCUUCUCAUGCCAGGUUUUCGCCAUAUUUAUAUCUGAAGUGCAAAGUCGAUCAGAUAAACUAUUUUCAAAACUCUCCAAGGUUUGCUUGUUUGGUCAGUCAGCAGCGGAAGCAGCGAUGUACGCCGGCGCGCGCGGUGAGACCAACCCGAACGUGUCGUGGCUGGGCAGCCGCGGCGUGUGGCUCAGCUACAUCGUGGGCGUGACGGCGCUGCACCUGGCGCUGCUGGCCGUGCCCGUCAUCAGCGUGGCUACCGCCUGGACGCUCACCAACGUCAUUCACAACGCUAUCAACUUUUGGCUGAUGCACAGCGUGAAGGGCGCCCCGUGGGAAACGGGCGACCAGGGCGGCUGUACGACCCUGUCUCACUGGGAACAGAUUGACGGCGGACGGCAGAACACCCCUACCAAGACGUUCCUCAUCACCAUACCGGUGGCGCUGUUUAUCCUGGCCAGCUUCUACACUGCCUACGACACGUCUCACUUCGUGGUCAACUUCGUCAGCCUGCUGUUCGGCCUGGUGCCCAAGCUGCCCUUCUUCAACAAACGGAGGCCGCUGGGCGUCGAUGACGACUGAUGGUGACGUCACACAGUGAUGACGUCAGACGGAAAGACUGGCGGUGGCGGCAGGCGGCCCGGCCGGGUCCGAUUCUACCCGUGUUCUCGACUAGGGCGCGGCGAAGGGCCCCGUUGAGCUCUGUGUUAUGUUGUGCUGUUCGUGGUCCAGGUUCCACUCCAUCCCCGGGAAGGUGAGGGGACGGACUGUAGACAGAUGACCCGUAGCGAGCUGGUCUAGCGGGAGGUGCUGGUGUCGUACAUUGUCAGCGCUCGUCGUGGCCUUCUUCCGGACAGGUGCGUAGAUUGUCGGUCCGGAGUUGUGAAGGAGGCCCGCAGCUCCCGAUGGCUGACUGUAAUGGUUGAUUACUGACUGAAUUUCUGGCUCGGCGGUGAUGUGUCGUGGAGGAGUCGUCCAGAGUGGACACUCGGCCGCCUUUAUGCCCGCUGCCGUGGACGGUAUACUGAAAUCAGUCGGCCCGUAACACCCCGUAACACCCUGCCGGUCUGGGACUAUGUGAUGUACGACGGACACAUGCACUGUAUCGAGACUCGCCGCCCGGUGCCGGUUCGCUGUGUAAAUGCUGUAACCUAUUGAGCGAGUGUGAACACGCCUCUUGUCUCUCCUUUGUUCAGGUCGAAACAGAGGUGACAUGAGCGCGAGGUGCGGUCUUUGAGCACUCUCCGUAGCCACCUGUUCUCUUAUCCAGCUGUCCGUUGGCGCUGUCGAGCUGUUAGCGUGCCACCAUCUCCCGGGGGCCCUCUAUGUGCCGGAGGCUGCUGCGGGCCGUGUGUGUUCGGCCCCGUGUGUGUGCGUUGUGAGGACUGUCGCGGCCCGUGUGUGUCCCAACUGACUGUGCCUCGGGCCGAGUGUGUGCGCAAGGGGACUGGGGCGGCCGGUGGUGUGCUCCAGGGGACUGAAGUGGUCUGCCUCUGGCCCGUAUGUGUUCCGAGGGGCUGUCGCGGCCCAUGUGUGUCCCAAGGGACCGUCGUGACCCGUCUCUCGACCCCGUGUGUGCUGAGAGGCUGUCGCGGCCGAUGGUGUGCGACUGUGGUGCCGCUGUGAUAUUGAGUCGGACGGCGCCGCGCCGGUGACUGGUUCGGCCCCGUACGGCGCCCGGCGGGCUCUCCGUGCGGUGAGGAUUGUUUAGUGUGUGGGAGGCCGCUCUUAUAGGCUCCGGCUGGGGCUCCGGCGCCGCUGGGAUGUCGCUGUGUAGACGGAUUGUCGUCAGCGCACUGCAGGAGCGCGGGGCGUGUGCGACGGUGAAAUGAUUAUUAUAUGGUACCGAUGACUGGACGGUUCGCCCGAACUGCUAGACGAUCUGACACUCGUGGAUGCGUUCUGGGUUAUAAAGAGCACCUAUGAUUCUCCAA